AGGCGCAUGCGCCGGGCGUGGAAGUGGGGAGGUUGGCUCGUGCCAAACGGAAGAUCGGAGGGAGGUCCAAGCGAGGGGAGAGGGGUUCAUUAACGGCCGUCGCCGCCGGGGCAGAGGUCUGAUGUCAUGAAUCCUAUUGUAUGGAUGUGCUAUCAGUGCUGAUGGCACAAUUGAUCCAAUAUGAAUGUGCAUGACAUUGGUAGAAGACGACGCUAUGAAGACAAUGAGUUUACGUUGAGAGUUUACCCAGGGAAUAUAGCAGAAGGCACCAUUUAUUGCCCUGUCACUGCAAGGAAAAACACUAGUGCUGCAGAAGUUAUAGAAACCCUUAUUUACAAAUUGCAGCUUGAGAAGACAAAAUGCUAUGUCCUGGCAGAAGUAAAAGAAUUCGGUGGAGAGGAGUGGAUACUCAAUCCAUCAGACUGUCCUGUGCAGCGCAUGAUGCUUUGGCCACGCAGUGCCCUCGAAAAUCGUUUCAGCAGUGAGGACUAUCGCUUCUUACUUCGAGAAAAAAAUCUUGAUGGCUCAAUUCAUUAUAACAAUCUACAGUCAUGGCUGAGAGUGACGGAAGAACGAAGGAGGAUGAUGGAGCGGGGAUUUUUGCCCCAACCCUCGCAGAAGGACUAUAAUGAUUUGUGCAAUCUACCAGAUUUGAAUGAAAAAGCACUCCUGGACAACCUGCGCAACAGAUUUAAACAAGAGAAAAUCUACACCUAUGUGGGAACGAUCUUAAUUGCCAUAAACCCUUUCAAAUUUCUUCCUAUUUACAACCCUAAAUAUGUAAAAAUGUAUGAUAAUCACCAACUCGGAAAGCUGGAGCCCCAUAUAUAUGCAAUUGCUGACGUGGCAUAUCAUGCCAUGCUACAACGCAAGAAAAACCAGUGUAUAGUUAUUUCAGGUGAGAGUGGUUCAGGAAAAACACAAAGUACAAAUUUCCUUAUCCAUCAUCUUACUGCUCUGAGCCAGAAGGGAUUUGCCAGUGGAGUGGAACAAAUUAUUCUUGGAGCAGGACCUGUGCUAGAGGCUUUUGGGAAUGCAAAGACAGCUCAUAAUAACAACUCCAGCCGUUUUGGCAAAUUCAUUCAAGUGAACUACCAGGAGACUGGCACUGUACGAGGAGCUUAUGUUGAAAAGUACCUGCUGGAGAAGUCACGGCUGGUCUACCAGGAGCAUAAUGAACGAAAUUAUCAUGUAUUCUACUACUUGCUGGCAGGAGCCAAUGAAGAGGAGAAAAAAGGCUUCCACCUGCAGGACCCUGAAGAAUACCAUUACUUGAAUCAGAUGACGAAGAAACCGCUCAGACAGACUUGGGAUGAUUAUUACUAUGAUUCAGAACUGCAGGACAGUUUUUCUGUAGAGGGUGAGGAUCUGAAACACGACUUUGAGCGCUUACAACUAGCCAUGGAAAUGGUUGGUUUCCUGCCGAAAACACGGAAGCGGAUAUUUAGCCUUCUGUCUGCAAUUUUACACCUUGGGAACAUAAAAUACAAAAAGAAGACCUAUCGAGAUGAUUCGGUUGACAUUUGCAACCCAGAAGUGUUGCCCAUUGUCUCAGAGCUUCUGGAGGUUAAAGAAGAUGCACUGUUUGAAGCACUGACCACCAGGAAGACUGUGACAGUUGGAGAGAGACUUAUCCUGCCCUAUAGACUAUCUGAGGCAAUAACUGUACGUGACUCCAUGGCUAAGUCACUCUACAGUGCCCUAUUUGACUGGAUAGUAUUCCGAAUCAACCAUGCACUCCUUAACAGUCGUGACCUAGAAGAACGCCAGAAGAUUCUUUCCAUUGGUGUACUUGAUAUUUUUGGCUUCGAGGACUAUGAGAACAACAGCUUUGAACAGUUCUGUAUAAACUUCGCUAAUGAGCGACUUCAGCACUACUUCAAUCAGCACAUUUUCAAAAUGGAGCAGGAGGAGUACAGGUCAGAAGGAAUCAGUUGGCACAAUAUAGAUUAUACAGACAACAGUGGUUGCAUUAACCUCAUCAGCAAGAAACCCACAGGCUUACUGAACCUGUUGGAUGAGGAGUGCAAUUUUCCACAGGCAACAAAUCAGACGCUGUUGGACAAAUUCAAGCGGCAGUAUGAAGGGAACAAUUAUAUCGAGUUCCCAGCGGUGAUGGAGCAAGCUUUUAUAAUAAAGCACUAUGCAGGGAAAGUCAAGUACCAAAUGAAGGAUUUUCGAGAAAAGAAUACAGACCACAUGCGUCCUGACAUUGUCGCACUUCUGAAAAGCAGUAAGAAUGCUUUCAUCAGCAGUCUGAUUGGCAUUGACCCAGUAGCUGUCUUCCGCUGGUCAAUACUGCGGUCCUACUUCCGAGCAGCCGUGGCUUUCCGAGAGGCUGGAAAAUGCCAUGUUGAAAAGAAACCUGGGCAUGAUGAUGCUGUUCCAUUUCCGGUUUUGAAAAGUGUCGAUAGUUUUAGCUUUCUGCAUCACCCAGUUCAUCAGAGGAGUUUAGAGAUUCUCCAAAGGUGCAAGGAAGAGAAGUACAGUAUUAUGAGGAAAAGCCCCAGGAUGCCAUUAUCUAACUUGCAAGGGACAAACACCAUCAAUGAAAAAUCACCAUGUGACCUACGUGGAAUGAGCUGGAAUGGCAGGACAGGAGUUCACGCUGCAAGGCUUCCCUGUAGUCAUUCGUUGAUUGAUGAUGAAGGGAUUUUUUUGAAUUCUUCUAGCACAAAGCUAUUGGAGAGAGCUCAUGGCAUCCUGAUGAGGAAUAGGAACUCCAAAACUAAACCUGUUUUACCAAAGCACUUGUUAGAUGUGAAGUCACUGAAGUACCUGACAAGCCUGACACUUCAUGACCGUAUUACCAAGUCUUUACUUCAUUUGCACAAAAAGAAAAAGCCACCCAGCAUUAGUGCCCAAUUUCAGGCUUCUCUCAGUAAACUGAUGGAGACUCUGGGACAGGCAGAGCCCUACUUUGUCAAAUGCAUUCGAUCAAAUGCGGAAAAGCUUCCUUUGCGCUUCCAUGAUCACCUAGUCCUGAGACAGCUACGGUACACAGGCAUGUUGGAAACAGUGAGGAUACGACAAUCAGGUUAUAGUAUUAAAUAUACUUUCCAGGAAUUUGUGGCUCAUUUCCAUGUGCUUCUGCCACAAGGCACCAUCUGUUCUCAGUGCAAUAUCAGGAAAUUUAUGAGAAAUGCAAACCUCGACGUAGCCACUUAUCAAGUAGGAAAAACAAUGAUAUUCCUGAAGGAGAUUGAGCGUCAAAAGCUGCAGGACAUGCUGCACAAGGAGGUCCUGAGACGAAUUGUUUUGCUUCAGAGCUGGUUCCGUGCUGUGCUUGAACAGCGACAAUUUCUUGAAAAGAAGAGGGCAGCAGUUAAAAUACAGAAUUGUUGGCGACGCUACAAAAUGAAAGAGCACCUAAUUUGCACAGACCCCACUGUCUUAAAUGCAGCAGCGACCAGUAUUCAGGCCGUGUGGAAAGGAUACCAACAGAGAAGGAUACUUUUGCGAAUGCAUGAUGCAGCAAUUGUCAUACAGAAGUGGUGGCGUGAUUGCCACAGGUAUAGACUAGCUGCACUGUGCAUUCAGAAACACUGGCGACGAUACAAAGAAAUGCAAGCAUACAGAGCAUUCAGGGACAGCAUAGUAAAGAUUCAAGCUGCUAACAGAGGUUUUGUAGUACGGCGCAGGUUUCAGGCGUUGAAAAAGCAGAAACUCAAAGAAAAGAAGCAGCAGCUGGAUGGUGAAAAGAUAGAUACCUUGAACAAACACAUCCCAGAUGAAAACCUUCCUGAAAUCGUCAGGCCUGAGCUGAGCAAAUUUGGGCAUAAACUAACUAAGACGUGCACUUCAAUAGAAAAUGACUGUCAGCAAAUCCAUUCUGAAUGUAUCAGUAAUUCAGUAGAUUUGCAGGUUAGAACUUCUGACUUUUCCAAUAUUACAAAUAUACCACAGGGUGUGAUUGUCAGGGAGAGACCAAAAUCCCUUUCUGGAGACUCUGACAAACAGAAAGUGGUGCGUGCCAAAAGACAUAGUCGGAGAAUGCGAGAGUUAGAACAAGCCAAAUUUAGCCUUGAAUUGCUGAAGGUGCGAUCAGGAGGUGUGUCUCCCUCAGAGGAGGGGCGCUGGUCCACCGAGCUAGUAUCCGAUGGCGUGAGCUCCCGAUCUCCUCAGGGAACGCCGGACAGUGAAAGCUCAAGGGGUAGUUUUGAAGCGCCUGUUUGUGAAGAAGAACAGAAGAGAAAGCAGUCUUUAACUAUUUCUGAUGAGUCAGUCUCUGAUUCCAGCCUGCAUACUGUUCAGGAUUAUCUUUCAAUAAAUUCCACGCCCAAUAAUCAUGGUCUGUCCUCUGACCUGACACUUUAUGGAAAGAACCUGCCUUCCAGUCCGUAUAUGAACACUAAUUAUACUAGUCUUGACUCCAGAAGUCCGAAAUCAGCCAAUAAGGAAUUCCAUGUUCGGAGAUCAAAUUCUGAAGAUCGAUCUUCCAGACCAAGGUUGAGCGACAGUCAGUUUUCAAGUUAUAAAGUGGACUGCAGUCUGUCUACUCAGUUGCCGAAUCAAGAUAGCCUAUCCAGUAGCUCAAAGCCAGAUGAGACUAUCACUGUACAUUCUGACCAUUAUACAAUUGAAGGCACUAUUGCUGCACCCAAAACGGAUGAAGCGGGUGACAGUGCUCCACUCAAUCAGUCACUUGAUGGUGAAUUUUGUAAGGAUGAAGAUGAACAGCCUUGUUCAGCAGACAAUUCAGGCAUUAGUCCCUUUCCUCAAAUUGCAAUUCUGGAAAGACUUGAACAGUUAAAUGUGCAGCAGGCAGAGAGACAAAAGCAGAAACGGCAGCAGAAUGAGAAGGAGAUGAUGGAACAGAUAAGGCAGCAGACAGAAAUCCUGGAGAAGCAACGCAAAGCUUUUGAAAAACAAGAGAAGGACAUGUUUGAGAGACAGCGAGGGGAAGCACUGCAGAGAAUAGAACAGUGCAGACAGAAUGAUAUUGCUCCGGUUCCUUUGAUAUCUCCAAGCGAACAGACAGACAGACCUCAGCCCUGUCUUGCUUUGCUCUCAGACAGAAAGUGGGAUUCAAGUAUCAAUUCAGAUUCUCAAUUAAUAUCAUCCAUUGAAUCUAAAAUGUUAAACACUGCAGAAUUUUUUGAUAUUUACAAUACCACAGGCUGCCCUGGAGUGAAAGAUAGACCUAUCAGUAUGUUUUUUGAUAAGAAGGAUCUGCAACCAAGUGGCCUACAAGAAAUUAAUAAGCUAGAUGGGUGGACACCAAAACUCAGUUUGGAGUCUCGUGAACCUGGUACAGGGGAACCCCGACAACCUAGAUCUCAGAAAGGGGCUGCAAACGUGGAGGAAGAGUCUACAGAUGACAGGACCAAUAUCUUGUUUUUUUUGCCCAAAGACAAAAACACACUAAGCAAGUUUGACAAAGAUUCUGUGAAUCUGGAAAAAUCUGAAUUUUCCCAAGAAGGUCAAACUUUCAGAGAAAAGAUGGCUACAACAUCACGAUUAAAAUUAACUCAUGUUGCAAGACCAGCGCACAAAAAGAAAGCCCGCAUGGCGCGGACCCGCUCUGAUUUCUUGACUAGAGGCUGUAACGCUGAAGGGGAGGGAGAGUCUGAGGAAGAGGAGUAUGAUGGCCCCUUCGUUGAGCCCCCUCUCUCUCCCGACCAACCUAGGCCUGAGCUGAGGCCCAAGGACAGUGCCGGACAGGCCUGUUACAGUGACUCAGAAAUGAUGCAGUCUACACGAAAUGAAGACCAGAAGAAACUGCAUAAGGCACAGUCUCAAGAUGAGUUGGGCAGAUUGGACCCUGUUCAAGAGAGUAAUGUCCCAGAUGGCAGAGCUGCUUUGAAGGGUCGCAUGAGAUUCUGGGGAAACAGAAAACAAGGAGAAAAGAAGCUGUCUCGAGAGAAGCUAGCUACUCAGGCAGAGCUGCAGGAGCUCAGCGUAGAUCAGGAUGCACAGGGGCCACUAUGGAGAGGAGAGCUCAGACCCAGUGAGGCUGCACUCAAUCUGUCACUGACAGAAGGAAGGGACAGUACAUUUAAAGGUCAGGAACACAUACCUCAUAAUCUGACACCUCCCAGGAGUCCUGAUUUAGGGCUAGAACGAGGGAAAGAGUUUAAGGAGAAUAAAGAGCCAUCACCUAAGGUAAAGCGAAGGAGGAGUGUGAAAAUUAGCAACGUGGGCCUGGAGCCCAUACAGUGCCAGCACGACGAAUUACAGAUUAUAACCAGUGCCAAUGACUUCAAGUGUAUGAAUGAAUUCCUGCAGAAGAAGAUCACUGACCUGGACACUGAUGACUGCAAGAAAGAUACAUUUGUGGAUGUUGUUUUUAAGAAAUCCCUUAAAGAGUUCCGUUUAAAUAUCUUCAACUCUUAUUCAGCAGCUUUAGCGGUGGACAAUGGGAAGAGCAUUCGGUACAAAGAUUUGUAUGCACUAUUUGAGCAGAUUCUGGAAAAGACGAUGAGGCAGGAGCAACGUGAUUGGAAUGAAUCUCCAGUCAAAGUGUGGGUCAACACCUUUAAGGUGUUUCUAGAUGAGUUUAUGAUGGAGUACAAGAUUCUGGAGAGUAACACUGGGAAGGUGCAAAAAAUCGAAAGGAAGAAGAGACGGAAGAAAGAAACCGACAUUGUGGAGGAAUACAAUGGUCAUAUUUUCAAAUCUACGCAGUACAGUAUUCCCACCUACUGUGAAUGCUGUUCCUCCCUUAUCUGGAUGAUGGACAGAGCCUGUGUCUGCAAGUUAUGUAGAUACGCUUGCCAUAGAAAGUGCUGCUUGAAAACUACUAACAAAUGCUCCAAAAAGUAUGACCCUGAGUUAUCAUCUCGGCAGUUUGGAGUGGAAGUUUCGAGACUUACCAGUGAUGAGAGGUCAGUUCCAUUGGUCGUGGAGAAACUGAUCAACUACAUUGAAAUGCAUGGCUUGUAUACUGAAGGAAUCUAUCGGAAGUCUGGAUCAACAAACAAAAUCAAAGAGCUCAAACAGGGCCUGGACACAGAUAUUAACAGCAUGAAUCUGGAUGAGUAUAACAUUCACGUCAUUGCCAGUGUUUUCAAACAGUGGCUGAGGGACCUCCCUAACCCUUUGAUGACGUUUGAACUCUAUGAUGAGGUUCUGCGAGCAAUGGGUCUCCCAGACAGAAAGGAAAUAAUUAGAGGUGUAUAUUCCAUAAUUGAUCAAUUGUCACGAACUCACAUCAACACACUUGAACGACUCAUCUUUCAUCUUGUAAGAAUUGCACUGCAAGAAGAAACCAACCGGAUGUCCUCAAAUGCACUGGCUAUUGUCUUUGCUCCAUGUAUUCUUCGAUGCCCAGACACCACUGACCCAUUACAAAGCGUACAGGAUAUUUCAAAAACCACUGCAUGUGUGGAAUUGAUUAUCGUGGAGCAAAUGAACAAGUAUCGAGCAAGGCUAAAGGACAUCAACAGCUUGGAGUUUGCAGAGAACAAAGCCAAGAACAGAUUGUCACUCAUACGUCGCUCUAUAAAACCGGUUAUAAUAGCGGUUAGAUUCAUGAGCAUGAAUCGCAGUUCAAUUCCGCCGAAUGGUAAUAAAAAGGGUAAAGGUCGUCUUCGCCGCUCAAAUUACAGCAGCCCUGGCUCUCCAAUUGGAAUACGACUGCCAUCAGUUGCAGAUGUUCCUGAAGAAACAGCAAGUGCCGAUGAGUCACCUGACAUGGAUUUGACUGAGCAACAGCAGGCUGCCAUACAGCAGGAGGAGAGGGCUCUAACUGAGCAGAUAGAGACUCUGCAGAAAGAAAAGGAGGAGUUGACUUUUGAAAUGCUUGCCCUGGAGCCCCGAGCCUCUGACGAUGAAACCCUUGAAUCAGAAGCAUCAAUUGGAACAGCAGACAGCUUUGAAAAUUUAAACAUGGAUUCUGAGGGAGCUGCAUCAGAACGUUCCGAAAAAAAAUUAGUGAGCUCUAUCAGCCCACACCAACCUGAAGCAGUGAACAGGCUAAGGAGACCACGAAGGAAGAAAGCAGAUUCUUUGGAGUCUGUUGAUUUAGCUGUUCAUUUACCAUCUACCGUGUCUUCUUCAUCAUCUUGCUUACCUCCAGGAGGAAGACGAUUCCGUUUUCGUUCAAAAUCACCAUCCCCACAUGCUUUUUACCAUACACACGAUAUUGCCAACAGCACUGAGCAAAGAGCAGAUGGGGAUGGGGCAUAUAGCCAGCUGAAAGUUCAAGAAGAGAGGCCACAGUUCACAAGUAGAGGCACCUUCAAUCCAGAAAAGGGCAAACAAAAACUAAAGAUGCUGAAGCGCUCAGCCCAGAAGCCCAAAGACACAACUGAUGGGGCCUCGAGCAUAGGGAAGAAGCGCAGUGCUGAACCUGACUUCGGUGCUCACCAGCAACUGGUGGUAUUUGGGAACAAUGAAUUCAUGGUGUGAGGCCAAGGAUUUGCAAAACGUUUUAAACUAAUUGGAUAAUGGCCCUCCUUCCGUCCCUACACAUCAUCUUCCUCCUGGUUGCUGCUAUCUAAGUACACCACAUACAAAAUGUCCAGUUCUCGUAGAUGGCAUCACUGCCUCACGGAAUGACAAAGGAAAGUGAUAUCUAUUGAUUUUUUUUAAAAACCCACCGGAAGAUUUGUAUAGUGGCCUUAACCAUUUGACUCUUGAAAAAUUUCUGCACAACCUACUGGUAUACCAAGAAAUAUCUGAGCUGUAUUUCUACAGCUGCUGGCCACUGUUCUCGAGAGUGAAGAAGAAAGUCUGCACUCCAAAGGGUUAUGGCAAGAAGUCCAUAUUUGAAGAAGCACUUGCUUUCAAGAAAUCAAUCUUCCAGAAAAGAAGGAGCUGCUGAGUCUAUUCAGUCCAAAAGACUGAAGGAAAUAAGUAGAUCUUAACUUUUGUCCCAACAUCACACUCCAUUGACGUUCGUAGAUAAAGGUCGUCAAAUGAGCUUAUUUGAGAAAUCACAAAAAGACUAGAUGCUUACAAUCAGAUUCAACAGCACUUCUCACUAACUUAGAGGCACUGCUGUCAUACGAAGGAUUUUUAAAUGUUUUAGGAACAGCCAGUGGCCACUUGGAAAUGUAAACAAAAUGUCUGCGUACAAAAAUGCAUUAACCGUGCAUACUAUGUCUGACAUUUUACAGGGUUUCAGGAACCACUUUACCAGUUAAGUUAAUGCUGCUCCUACCUGGGUGUGUAAAUUUAGAAAGCCUUGCAAAAAGGGACCAAUCCAACUAGACACUGAGCUUGCAAACCAACAUCUGUCUGUGCAGCAUCAGGCAUGAGCAAAAGUGCAGUUACAUUAAACCUCGUCAACUGUGUUGCAUGAUAGUAUAGGUAAGCCAAAACCAUGCUUGGUCCUUUAAACUUGGCUCAGAAGAAAACCUUUUAUUGAAUUGUCAGUAUUAAAAGCAAAGACAACUUGAAGAAUUUUUAUUCUGGUUUCUAAAGCUCACUGUUAAAUGUUUUUGUUUUAAAGGUUUGUAUUUUAUUUGAUUUUUCUUUUCUAAAAAUGUUACUUCCAUGAUGUAAGAUUGUAGCUUCCUGUCCAAAGGGGAUGUAUGUGGAAUAGGUUAGGAACAAAACUGAAUGUAACAAUCACUGGAACGGGCAUGCUGGGCUUCUCGUAACUUAUAGUAUGCACAUAACUGUAUAUUUCAAGGAAUCUAUUUGUAAAGGAUAUAUUAUCCUGUGUCAUAUUCUAUAAUAAGUACUGAUAUAAACUGUUCAGCAAACACAGCCCAAAUUAUGAGGUUUCUGUACAGUUUCAGCUCUGUAUUUUGAUGUUAGCCAUUAGGGUGGCCAACUUGUGUAUAAAAUGCAAUUUGUGUGUAUUAUUUCUUAAGUGUAUCUGUAUGGUUGUACAAACAAGUUUAUGAACAAAUGCACCACAGCUUAUUAAAGAACAAGGGCUGUAAAAUUCACUUCUUGACUUUCUUCUUGUGCACAGAAGAGGAACCUGAAAGUGCUAUUGGUCAAAUCUGUGUGUCAAAUAAUAUCAAAUGCAUCAUCAGAUUUUUAAAAAAAUGAAAUUGUUAUGUCUUGAACAUGGGGAAAAGCUGAUAAUGUUUGACUUCAUGCCCUUCCUAUGUGUGUAUGUUUGUAUGUAUGUUUAUAAGUCUUAAUUUUUCCUUAUCCCAAAUUUACUUCUGAACAGCCAUAAAUUAAUGGAAAUAUAAGCCCAGUUAUAAGUAGCCAAAGCCUCCUGAUUCAAUCAAACAAUUAAUUGUUAUAUUCUUAACUUUGUAUGCAUCACACUUUCACUCUUCUGUUGUCUCAUUGCUUCACUGCAGCUAGGAAGUGGAGCUUCUAUUUGGUGACCUUACUUAGUCAGCUGGUAUAAUUUAUGAGGUAGGAGCACUUUGAAGUCCCUUCGUUUACCUUUAUUAACUUCUGUCUAUGUAGGAGUGGUUUGGCCAUGGAAAAUUUGUAUUUUCAAGAAUACUAAAAUAGAAAUAUUCUUUAAUAGUGACUAGUUUGCAGUGUGAUCUGUAGGGGACCAGAGCUCAUACAGGAUAAACUGCAGCAGAACAAAAACAGUUGGAGAUGACGAACGCAUUCCCAUUUUGAUGAGCAGAGGCAUUUCUGCUGCCAGGCUACUGGAAGCUUUAGCUUGCCAAUGUGAGCUUGAUCAUUCUACAGUUCUUGCUGACUGUGAUUUUUCUCCACCUUUACCACCCCAGCAUCCCAAAAGAAAACUAAUCUGGAUCUACCAUGACCUGUUUAAUAUGUCUAUACAUUUAUUUAUAAACUGCUACAUUAUUUGCGUUUGGAGCAUUGUAGAUGCUGUUGCAGUAAACUACUGCUUAAUCCCAUCUUGUAGCUUUCCCCAAUAAUAUGAAGUCGUUAGAUUGGUGAAAUUUCAAGGAAUUGCUCAGAUAUGUGACAAUUAGCUCUGCUUUACUUUUAUUUGUUAGGUCACAAGUUCUUCUGAUUUCUCAUUUUUCUCUUCCAAUUUCUCCCCCGUAACUGGCAGUGCACACUGGGAUAGGAGUGCACAGGCGCUGGACGCCAUCAGGGACCAUUUUUCAUGUGCAAACUAAGAAAAUGGCUGUGAGACAGCUGUGUUUGAUGCACCCCUGCGUAACAUUCAGCAUACAUGCACUCUCUUGCAAAGAUGACAGGAUAAGGAUAGGGACCCUUAGAUCCCCUUUCUCUUCUCUAGUCCAAAGUUGCACCCCAAAAACUAUGCCCCGGUGAUAUAUCUUUUGAUGUGUGGAGAUGUGCACUUGUGGGUAUAUACACACACACACUCACACACACAAUAUUUUGACUCAAUAUUUGUUUGAAAAACCAAGAGCAAUAUAGCAUUUUUUUGGGAAAAGGUGAGUUAGACAGUGUUGAGUAAUAAUGGAGAACAUGAGGCAGUUGUCAGACUUUGAGGGCCCAGCGGGCUAACGUUGCAAAUCACAGGAAUGCAAGAUCUCUCCUUGAGCCUUGGAUUUUCUCUAAUUUGUUCUUGAUGUGAUAAGAAGAGAGUUGAAGAAAUUCCGUCACUUUCUGUAUACUCUACACUGAAUAAUGUCAAUUAAGUGUAAUACAAGAGAUUGCAAUGUAACUAAAUGCAUUGUGUUGGCGUCAAGGGGCUGGUAUAAAGGAAUUACAGGGUUGGUUUUUGGAAUACAUUACUGCAUUACUAUGUAUCUUGUAUGCUAAUUUAAUAAUUUGCCAUGAGCUAAUAAAGUACCUCUCUGUCUUUUUUAUGGAA